AUGAAGUUCGCCUCUGCUUUACUAUCUUUUCUCGCAAUCGCCACCUUGGGAUCGGCCGCUCCGUCCCCGCGUCCUGGCCGCGAUGGCGGUGACAACGACCGUUCCUCGUCCUCUCAUUCGCAUACUCGCACACGCACGCGCGGAUCAGGCCCGCGGACUUCCUCCUCCGAAGAUAGCAUGAUGCCCACAACAUCAUCGGCGUCCUCCACGCAGACAUCUGCUUCGUGUGCAGACGGUGUCACUUCGAGCGCGACCUCUACGUCGACCUCUGAAGCGGCGAAGUCAACAUCCAAAACCGGAUCUGGAUCUGCGGGUGAAGCAGAUGCGGUUGGCGCGCUGUACUUCACGACGAAUAACCCCGAUACGAACAACAUCAUCGUCGGAUCCAUCUCCUCGAAUGGGAACGUCACUUUUGCGCAUGCCGUAUCGACACAAGGCAAAGGCGAGCACAAUAAUGAUGGUGGACGUACUGGCGCGGAUGCGACGUUCAGCAAUAACCUUCUCGUCGUGCAUGACUCCAAGCGGCUGCUUGCGACGGCUAAUACGAAGAGCAACACCGUCGUGCUCUUCGAGAUUGAUGCGAAGGAUGCGACGAAGCUCACGAUGCUCGGUGCCCCAGUGGAUUCGGAGGGCGACUAUCCAUCUUCGUUGGCGUUCAACGCGGCGGGGGACAAGCUCUGCGUCAUGAACGCCGGUGAAAGGGCUACAAUAUUCUGCUACGACGUCGCCGAAGAAGGGUUACAACCUCAAGCGAGCUCAUUACGCGAUAUACCGGGCUACAACCAAACUGCGCGUGUUCCUUAUGGACCCAGUAACACCGCGAGCGCUAUUUCAUUCACUGAAGACGGCUCCGCGCUCGUCGUGGCCGUCAAAGGCACCCUCUCCCCGCCCUCGCCAGGCUUCCUCGCAGCUUGGCCCGUCGAAUCGGACGGGAGCCUCGCGCAAAAUCCCACGGUCAUUGAGAACGUCGAUGGAAAGGGACUUAGCUUCAGCUUAACACCCGUACCCGGACGCAACGCUUUCGUGAGCGCGGACUUUGCGAGCGCUGUGGAUGUUUUCGACUUCAGCGGGCCGUUGGCGGAUGUGAGUGCGAGGGAGGGUACGACGAGCGUGGAUAUUGAUGGGGAGUUAAGUCUAUGCUGGAGCACGUAUAGUGCUGGCGUGGACCGGUAUUAUCUUGCUGCACCGCCCAGUGCGCUCGUUGUGGAAGUUGAGCUUGAUGAGAAGUUGAAACCGACGGUCAUUGCCAGGCAUACCGUGGUGGAAGGUUCAGCGAAUGUUGACCUCGUCGCGGCCAACGUGAAGGGCAACAACUUCAUCUUCACACUCCUGACGAACACGCUUGGCGUGGCGGUUCUUUCUAUUGACGGACCCGGACAGACCAGUCUUGUCGGUGUAACGGAUUUGAAGGAUGUUCUGGCGGACGCCGGGGCUCCCAUCCGGCCCAACUACAUGCAAGGUCUGGCGGUGUACAUCAAGCCGUGA